ACUGCUUAGCAUACCCUAUAAUACUUGAUUUAGUCUACAUCGGUCUUCCUCCAAUAUCUCUCUCCUUUAGCCCACGUUCUUUCUUUUUUCAACUCGAGAACGACAACUCAGGAGACGCAUCCCUUAGGGAACAAUGUCGACCAAGCAGUCUUCUUCAGCUUUUCACUAUCAACCCUCAUCGCCGCUGGAAACGCUGGUGAGGCGAACUUCUGCCAAAAGAGCAAAUACCCCUGCUGUCAAGACACAAUCGCCUUCUUCGUUAUCUGAGGGCUCGAGCCCUCAGUAUUUUCGCCAGAAUGAUGCGCCACAAUCUUAUUAUCACCAUGACGGGCUCAGUACUCCUCCCAGACAGACCCACGGACGCCCACUUGUAGCACCUCCGUCACCACUCCUACAUUCCCGUUUCGCACGAGACUCUGUUACUACAACCGAUUCUGCGAAUGCUAGCUCGUAUCUGGAUUUAUCUAUCGAUGAACGGUCAAGAGAUUCGGUAGACUCGAGGAACGUCUAUCAGGAGGGUGUGGAUUACAAUUACGAAGAAAGUGUUUAUUCUACAGACACAGCACUGAGAGAUUCGUGGCAGUCGGCGGGUACAGCUUGGCAGUCGGAGGGUUCAGGACCGUUGAGAUAUUUGAACCAGGGAGCCAGGCCUGAAGAACCAUUGACAUACCCGACGCACUCACAAUCACAUCAAUUUCACAACGAUUCAGCAACGGCGGUUCCUACAGUUGUAGUGACUGAACAUGAAUAUCCGGAUCCCGAACCCCCCAUGGACUCCAUUCGACUCAAGCAGGCAGAAAAAGCACCAAUUACACCCUUGGCCCACAACUUUUCGAGGCCAAUUCGCCCGUCUGCUGUUCCCGUCUUGAUGCCCGCCGAGGAGGAGAAGCGGAAAGUUAUGGAGAGGAAUGCCGGUCGGAAGCCGCGACAGCCCGGGCAGAGCCAUGAAAUGUCACAUACGCCCACUUCCAGCCAUUUACCGUCACCACACUCUCCGAGAAGUCCAGGAGACUACUUUGGAUCGCAUCAAACUUCGGGCGCACCCUCCGAGUAUCAUCGGUCGCAGUCACCACACUACCCGCGGAGCUCACCGCAUCAACCUUCGACGCCAAGGACGCCUCAGGUUUACGCCUCAAACACACACCCUGCAUACCGGCCAAACUCUCCCUCCAAAGAAUUUCAUCAGUCUUCUCCAUCUAUAUCUCACCCCUAUCCUUCACCGUCGUCUUCCCGUCCGACAUCACCCUCAGCAUACCCUAUGUAUGAGCAAUCUCGAGAUUAUAGGGUCACCGCACGGGAGGCGUCCUUGUCUCCAACACCUUCUCACCAAUCACGUUCAGGGUCCCCGAUCAUUUCGUCAACCCCUACAAACCUUCCACACUCUCCAUCCAAAGUUGUUUUACCUCGCAGACCACCCUCAUUACGCCCUGGCUCACCAGCAAGCUUAUAUUCCAGAUAUUCCUUUUAUCAGCUUGAUUCGCCUUCACCCAAUGGCACAACGCACUUCACUACCGAUCUUGAUCCCGAAAAACAGCAACGCAAGAACUCGCAGUCAUCAAUGAUGUUAGAUUCCUCGAAGCCACCUAAUGAGCCAGAAACCAAGGCACACCACUUUUUACAGCUAGGCAUACAGCAUCAUGAGGCUAAUCGGUUGAAGGAGUCCGCUAUUUGUUUUGAGAAAAGUGCAAACGAGGACGGAGGAUGCGGUGCCGGGAUGUUGAUGUUUGGUUUAACAUUGAGGCAUGGCUGGGGCUGCGAGAAGAAUGAGAAAGUUGGGUUCAAGUGGUUGAGAAAGGCGGCAGAGAAUGCUGUUGCAGAUCUCGAGAGUGCCCGAAAUGGUGGCGGAAUUGAUCAAGGUGCUGUGAGGGCUGAGUUAAUCUUGGCGAUCUACGAGGUUGGGCAGUGUUUUUUCCAUGGCUGGGGAGUCCCGAAGGAUCAGAAGAUGGCUGUUAGCUACUAUCGUGUGGCGGCAAGGCUAGGAGAUGCUGAUGCACAGAAUGAUCUUGGCUUCUGUCUUGCGAAUGGGAAAGGUUGCAAGAAGGAUCGAAAAGAGGCUGCGAAGUGGUAUAGAGCUGCUGUUGAACAGGGGCAAAGUGAUGUUGGACUUGCUUGGAUUUACAAGGAAAAGUUUCAAUAGCACUCACUUGUUUAUGUUAAUCCUUCUUUUACUAUUAUGUACUGUAGCUGUAUAAGUAUUGCUUCACUUGGAUAGAUUGUUCUCAAUUUGUUGUGCAUUCCACGUCGUGACAACGACACAGCCACACAACUCUUUUCCUUCAUCCAC